CUUAGAAGUGGCCAUUUCUUUCUUAUAAAUAUCUAUUUUCAGUAAGCCUGGAGACAAUUCUGAAAACAAGCUAAUGGCUGAUUUCUGUUCUGGUAAUAGAAAUGAUAUUUCCAAAUUGUUAUGUCUAUAUGCCUCUGAUUUUAAACAGACUUGAAAUUUCAGGGACUGAGAUUUUUUUCCCUCUGGUAAGAAUAACCAUGACUAAUAGUAUUUUGUGGGUUCAUAGCACAAUAUAAACCAUUAUCUGAACAACAACAAACAAAUGGCAAGGUGUCACUGAUGUCUUUCUUCUAGUGUGCCAUUUAGAGCUAUAUUGAAAUAACUAUUAUCUUAGAGAUAUUCAGAGAAUAAAUGCCAGGAAGAAUAUCAUUGGUAUUCUUAAAGUGAGGGAACAAAGUAUUAACUAUAAAUUUCUCUAGGAUCUUUGAAUCUUUGAAGUAUAUUCCUAGAAAUUUAUAGUGACAUUUUAAUUGUAUUUUAAUAAAUGAAAACUUCCUGAAGAUCUGAGAGUAAACAGUCCCACUGCUCAGCCUUAUAGACCAGGUUAUGGUAACACACACCUUUAAUCCCAGUAGUCACAAUUACACACACAUUUAAUUCCAGCAGUGCUGCCUUUAGUUCCAGCCCUAGUGAGAUACAUAAAAAGGGAGGAUUUAGCUCUCAGACACACAGUCUUAUUCUGAGAUUCCUGGAGGGAGGAUUGCCAUUUCAGACUGAGGUUGAGGUAAGAGCCAGUGGCUGGCUGUUUUGCUUUCAGAUCUUCAGGUUGAACCCCAAUUUAACCCUGAGCUUUUGUAAUCAUGCUUCAGAAAUUGUUAAUGGCACAUGCCUUCCCUGAUUGAACAGUUGUGUUACCAUGGUAUUUACCUUGACCCACUGAGGUACCUCCUAGCCCACAGUUUAAAAUUUGAUCAGGGGGUGAAUUAAGGCCAUUCUGCUGAGGCGUGUCAAUUCGGAGUAAAUCUCUCAUUAAGAAGGUCCAUUAUUUCUGGGAGUAAGUGGGAAAAAUAAAAUCAAGAUCCAUGAUGUCAAAGGACUUUUCUAUAACCUCAGCAUUCCCUUUUUCAGACAUUCGUUUUACAGUAUCUUUAUUUUACUUCCCUUUAAAUAUGUUUAUCAAACAUUUGAAAUGCUUUCAUUCAAUGACAUAUAUUCAGGAACAAAGACAGAUUUGUGUUAGAUACCAGAUAGUACCUUCAUAAAGCGACAGUCUAUCUUUAUUAUUUAAUACAGACAAAAUUGAACUCUCUGCUGAAAUAUGGUUACAUUGUAAGACUUCUUAGACUUUUCAUUUGAUUCGUCAGUGUUGACAAAAAUUGAAGAUUAUUUUCCAUUCAUCAUAGAAUCUUACAUAUAUUAUAUGUUUAUCUAACUAUAGAUAUAUCCCCUACACUGUGGCAUAGUGUUUAAAUUAUACUCUCCACCACCUUGCAUAGUUUUGCCUGUUUAUGAAAAAGUUAAAUGAUCUAUACUUUUAGUAGGAGUAGAAAGUACUUAAACUAUAUGUUUUAUAUAUAUAUAUAUAGUUUAAGUAUAUAUAAAUAUAUAAUUUUUUCAUUUUUAUUCAAGAUAGAUUCUUUUAUCAUGCAAUAUAUCCCAAUUAUAAUUUCCUCUCCUCACACUAAUAUGAAGCAUGUUUUCACUCAGGUAACAGGUAAGGUGAAGGCAUUUAUGGCUUUUAUAUAUAUAGUUAUUUUAAAUGUGAAAGCAUUUAAAAGUUUAAAAAAUCUGUUUUUCCCCAAGAACACCACUUUGAGAUGGGGACUUUUAAACCUGAGGAUUGUGAAGUCUUCGCUGAGUUCCGUGGAAUUCUCAUGGAUAAGCGUUUCACCAAAUAUUGGGAUGAUGUUGAAACAUUCCUGGCAAGACCAGAUGAUCUCAUCAUUGCUACUUAUCCUAAAUCUGGUACCACGUGGGUUAGUGAAAUUGUAUACAUGAUCUAUAAAGAAGGUGAUGUAGAAAAAUGCAAGGAAGAUGCAAUUUUUAAUAGAGUACCUUACCUGGAAUGCAGAAAUGAAGAGUUAAUAAAUGGAGUAAGACAAUUAAAUGGGAAGAAAUCUCCUAGAAUAAUAAAAACCCACCUGCCACCCCAGCUUCUUCCAGCAUCAUUUUGGGAGAAGAAUUGCAAGAUGAUCUAUAUUUGCCGGAAUGCCAAGGACGUGGUGGUUUCUUAUUAUUACUUUUUCCUAAUGGUAACAAGUUAUCCAAAUCCUGAAUCCUUUUUGGAAUUUGCGGAGAAAUUUAUGCAAGGACAAGUUUUGUAUGGUUCCUGGUAUGAUCAUGUGAAAUCUUGGUGGGAAAAGAGUAAGAAUCCAUCUAUACUAUUCAUGUUCUAUGAAGACAUGAUAGAGGAUAUCAGAAGAGAAGUGAUAAAAUUGAUAAAAUUCCUGGGGAAAAAACCUUCAGAGGAGCUCAUGGACAAAAUCAUUCAGCAUACUUCAUUCCAGGAGAUGAAGAACAAUCCAUUCACCAAUUAUACAACAAUGCCAGAGGACAUGAUGAAUACCAAAGUAUCACCUUUCAUAAGAAAGGGAAUUGUAGGAGACUGGAAGAACCACUUCACAGUAGCACUGAAGGAGAGGUUUGAUGAGCACUAUGAGCAACAGAUGAAGGAAUGCACCCUGAAGUUUAGAGAAGUGCUCUGAGUCGUUUCCUAAUCUUAUGUCUGAAACUGGAACAUUCUUCAAUUUAUCCUCCAGUUUCUGCUUGUUUGCCUUUCCAUAGAAGCAGUAAUCUUUUGAAGGCUGAUGACUUAAUUUCUUUCUCUCUCUGUUUUAAACUUUCAUAUCAAUUUAAAUUCAUAUCAUA